CGUUCCCUCCCCACUCCCCUCUUUUCUCAUUCGUAACAGUUUGUGUGUCAGUAGCGCGAGAAGGAAAAAAAAUAAAGAGGAGGAGAGGAAGGGAGACGGGAAGACGGCCUUUUUCACUUUCUCUUUAAAGAGAAGCGGUAUGGCGGAGGAGAAGCUGCGAAGAAAGCAGCCGAAGCAAAUCAAGCUGAAGCGUGCGAUCGAGGGCAGAGCAGCUUCAAGAAGCGAAGCCCUGCAAGCCGCGUCCGUGGGAUUCCUCCGUGACACGUUUUGAUCGCGUCCUUUUUGUUUCGUUUUUUUGUGUGUCAUUUUGAUUCAGUUCGCUCACGUCCCAUGCCGUAGCCGAUAAAGUCAUUUCCUCGAGUUGUCACUUUGUUUUUUUCUUUCUUUCACGCCACUACGUUUUUUCGCAACUUGAUGACUGGGUUUUGAAGCGCCUGGAGUUUCUUUCCGCCUUGCUGUCGGAGGCCGAUUUUGUCCGUCUCCUUCUCGCACUUUUCAGCCCGCAGCCAAACUCAUCCCCCCUCCCUUUCUGCGCUCGAUCACUCUAUCGAGUUCUUGCGAAGCCCUUGGUGCAUUUGUGCAGGGAGCAUGGGGGCAAAGCAGAGUAGCCCGGCCGCCAAUGGUCGAACCCGGGCUUAUUCGGGAUCGGAUCUGCCCUCCGGAACCUCCACCGGCGACGGCAGGACCGCGGCCGUGGCUAUGAGAUACGGCGCGUACGGUGCCUCAGCUCACGGGUCUUCCAGAGCCGCUUCCGCCGCGGUACAGCAGCACGGAUCCAGGACGAGAACCGUGGGGGGCGGCGGCAGCGGUGGAGGAGGGGGAUCCGGAGCCAGGCCCCAGUCGGGCAUUAAUAUCCCAAAUAGCUCGCAAGGAUCCGGCAAUAGCACGCCAGAGGAAAACGCCGGAGAAAGGGACGGGUCAGGCGGCGGUCACGGGGCUCCCCGGCUGGUCAUAGGGUCGCUGCCAGCGCACCUUUCCCCCCAUCUGUUUGGAGGCUUUAAGUGUCCCGUUUGCUCCAAGUUUGUCUCCUCAGAUGAAAUGGAUCUGCACCUGGUUAUGUGCCUGACAAAGCCCAGAGUGACGUACAACGAGGAUGUCCUAACCAAGGAUGCAGAGGAGUGUGCGAUUUGCCUAGAGGAGCUGGUCCAGGGGGACACCAUCGCACGGCUGCCCUGCCUCUGCAUCUACCACAAGGGCUGUAUAGAUGAGUGGUUUGAGGUGAACAGAUCGUGUCCGGAGCAUCCAUCAGAUUAAAGAACGCCCUGGCUGUUUGCACAGAUUUUGCUCCCUUUUUGUGGAUCUGCUCCAAUUACGACAUGCAGCAAUCUGAUUAUGCUCCCCCGUCUUGUUGCCAUGGAGACUGCAGCGAAUACCGACUGGCACACGCAGAGCAGAGCGGACUCCACAGCGGAGAGACGUACGUGGCGUCCAAACGAGUUCAUACAAGUUCUUGGUUGUGCCAAAACACGUUAAAGCAACCUUCAGGGAACCUCUUGUGACACUUCACACGUUUGUGUUUGCACACUGUCUCCUCUCUCUCCACGACAACCUCAGCUGACCCACUGCAUUCCAACCUCCGGGGCCAUCGUGGCUGCCAGUCCCCUGUCACUGCUGCACAACUGUCCAAUCAGGAAGCAGUGUUGCUGGAUCAGCAACCCCCCCCCCCCCCCCCUUCUGCUUAGAGACACUUACGCUGGCUUCUCUAAGCAGGCUGGCCGUCUCAGCUGUUGUUGCUGGAGCAGCAAUCCCCUCCUUGAUUGUAAUCCUGUGAACUCUGAGGCAACCCUUUCUUAACAACCCUCUCCACUAGUGCCUUCGCAGUCAGACCGUGGGGCAUCAGAACUGACAGCAGAUGGCGCCAGAGGGAAACGCCUCCUAGCCAUCAUUUUCCGUUUCGCCACAGGAGGGCACCAGUCAGGUAUCUUUCAUCUGACCUGCUGGUGCCUAUGGAGAUGUGGCUGACGGAACCCGUGCAUGCUCCUGCUGUGAGGAGCCCGUGCCGAUGUAGCAGUGUCUCUUUGGGGAAUGAAGCAUCGCUGACCCAAACCUGAGCUACGGUGCCUACCCCACUCCCACUCUGUGUCGCUGUACUGUCAUUCAGGAUAAUGCUUUUCUGAAUAAUCCCUCCUGUCAGUACUUGUAUGACUCUCCACCAGUCACUCGUGGGAGGCGUUACUACAAUCAACAGUUUGUCACCCAUGCUCAUAGCUUCCACCGCUCCCUGCCUUAUAAAAUUUUUUGUAUAAAAAGUCCAGAAUUCCCACCCCAGGGAGACUCAGUUAAUCGGACAGUCAGCACAGGCAACACUCCAGAUGACCUAACCAUUGCUCAGCUAUGCCCCCUAGUGGCAAGUCCCUAACCCAACCCUCUAUAGGAGAUGGUCGAGGAGGGCUGUCUGGUUAUGAGGUGCACAGCUUUGACCCUGAAAGUAAGCCAUGUGGCUGUCAUGAUUGUGACGUCGGCAGUGUUACGGAUCAGUGCACAGUCACUGAGCAUUUCAUGAUUCAGUGCAUCCCAACAGCUGGCAAAGCUGAGCACUUUGGGCCACAAAAUUUGGACGGUCUUGAAGGAGAGAACCUUGGGGGUGCUCGCUGCUAAAUGUUCAGUGCUGUAGGAAGGAGACCGUGGGGAUUUCUAGAGAGGGGAAGCUUGGAUAGCUGCAGGGAGUUGUGGUGGAGCUGGGUGGCAAACAUGCACGAGGGACGGCUGGAUUACGUUUAGUCUGAGGUAUGAUGAGAAGGACCCAGUGAGUGUGCAUGUUGGAGGAGGUGUUGAGUCUCAGGACAAAUGCGGAGCAGCCCGUGGGCAGAGGAAAACUGUGGUAUUUUACGGUUUUACGGUUUAAGUGCUGUCAAGGUGCUAAUGCGCUGCUAAUGUAACCUUUCACUUAGGGAAGCAGAGAGCCAUCCAGUAGAAGUUUAGUAACUCUGGCCAAUCACAGCGCGUCGCUCUCCCUUUAAAAUUGACCUAUGGGUCAUUUUGAGGUUGUUAAAUUCUUCCUGUUCUUCCUGUCUGCAAAAGGUAAAAAUCACAAGUUCAAUCACAACAACUGAGCUGAUUUAACUCCUAAUGUAGCUUAUUUUGGGAGGACGGUCCUUCUGGGCUGCCUGAAUAUCUUGGGUUGGACCUUUUUUGGCAUGUGACCGGAAAUGCUGGUGUGCAGAGGAUUCUGGGAAAUAGUGCACAGGUAAGAGUCACGUUGAGCUUAGCAGCAAAUAAUCAUUUAAGCACCUUUACUAGAUUUAAUUGAAAUGUUUAAAUGCAUAUUUAUGCCAUGUAAAACUUUUACAUGGAUUUUUCUUUCCAAAAUGUACAUAUAUAUUUUCUGCUCGUGUUAAAUUUGCCACACCUGAGCCUGCAUCGAUCCUAUUGGAUAGGUGUCAAAAUCGAUCUUUGAAAUGAUUACAAGGUGUUAUUUAAUUUUUAUAGUAGGGGCUGAAGGUCCUUGGUGAGGUUUGGUCACCAUAGUGCACUUCCUCUGCGAUCAGGAGUUCACACAUGUUUCAGUCCUUCACGAGGCUGUGGUGAGCGGACUAACCGUUUCAAGAAGGCGGGGAGGCGAGAGUAGGGGAGUGAGCAUGUGGUAAAGCAAAGCCCCAUGGUACUUUGUGACAGACCAGAAGCGUGCAUCCAGGAGAUUGUGAGCUUUUUAUGAUUAUUUACUUGUUUGUUUGUGACAUAACAUUCCAUUUAUGUAAAAAAAACAUGUACAGAAAAAUGAAAAUAAAGAAGCAGAAUCCUUUGA